CCGUUUCCCCAGCCCAGCAACUGUUUGGAAGUCAGAUCCCAACAUCCUGCUUUACUGGGUCAAGUCCCUCUUGGACCGGCUCUUUCUAUCAUUUACUGAAGGGGACCAAUGGGUGCCCCUGUGUGGGGUCUCCCUUAGCAAUUUCACUUCAUUGGUGCUUGGACCUCUGAGAUCUCUUCAGAUGAACAUGGCCUUGCCUGGGAAUCCUGCUACUUCCAUCAUCAUCUAAUUAUGGGACAAGGCUGUGACAACAGGUUUUGGCGAACGGGGCUAAUCAAGCCCCCCAGGAAACACUGGAGGACUUGCCUACCCUUUGAAGAACUCUAGUGGUUUCUGAGUCUAGCCCACUCUGGCGGUAAGCAUGAUACGACUUCUGCCACUUCUGCUGGGGCUUUUGGGGCCAGGUGGCUACUUGUUCCUUCCAGGGGGUUGUCAGGAGGUGGCCACUCUCACUGUGAGAUACCAAGUGUCAGAAGAAGUGCCGUCUGGGACAGUGAUAGGCAAGCUGUCCCGGGAACUGGGUUGGGAGGAGAGGCAUGGGCAAACGGGGACUGCCUUCCAGAUCUUGCAGCUGCCUCAGGCGCUCCCCAUCCGGGUGGAUCCUGAGGAUGGCCUGCUUAGCACAGGGAGGCGGCUGGACCGAGAGCAGCUUUGCCGGCAGCAGGAUCCCUGCUUGGUUUCCUUUGACGUGCUUGCCACAGGGGAUUUGGCUCUGAUCCACGUAGAGAUCCAGGUGCUGGACAUCAAUGACCAUGAGCCACAGUUUCCUAAAGGCGAGCAGGAGCUGGAAAUCUCUGAGAGUGCCUCUCUGCGCACCCGGAUACCCUUGGACAGAGCUCUGGACCCAGACACUGGCCCCAACACCCUGCACUCCUACACGCUGUCUCCCAGCGAGCACUUUGCCCUGGAUGUCAUCGUGGGGCCUGAUGAGACCAAACAUGCGGAACUUGUGGUGGUGAAGGAGCUAGACAGGGAAAUCCACUCAUUUUUUGAUCUGGUGCUAACUGCCUAUGACAGUGGGAACCCCCCCAAGUCAGGCACCAGCUUGGUCAAGGUCAAUGUCCUGGACUCCAAUGACAACAGCCCUGUGUUUGCUGAGAGCUCACUAGCACUAGAAAUUCAAGAAGAUGCUGCCCCUGGUACUCUCCUCAUAAACUUGACUGCCACGGACCCUGAUCAAGGCCCCAAUGGGGAGGUGGAGUUCUUCCUCAGUAAGCACGUGCCUCCAGAGGUGCUGGACACCUUCAGUAUCGAUGCAAAGACGGGCCAGGUGAUUCUGCGUCAACCCCUAGACUAUGAGAAGAAUCCUGCAUAUGAGGUGGAUGUCCAGGCAAGGGACUUGGGUCCCAAUCCCAUCCCAGCCCAUUGCAAAGUACUCAUCAAGGUUCUGGACGUCAAUGACAAUGCCCCAAGCAUCCACAUUACAUGGGCCUCCCAGCCAUCGCUGGUAUCAGAGGCUCUUCCAAAGGAUAGUUUCAUUGCUCUCGUCAUGGCAAAUGACUUGGACUCAGGAAAUAAUGGUCUGGUCCACUGUUGGCUGAGCCAAGAACUGGGUCACUUUAGACUGAAAAGGACAAAUGGCAAUACAUACAUGCUACUAACCAACACCACACUGGACAGAGAGCAGUGGCCCAAAUAUACCCUCACUCUGUUGGCUCAAGACCAAGGACCCCAGCCCUUAUCAGCCAGAAAACAGCUCAGCAUUCACAUCAGUGAUGCCAAUGACAAUGCACCUGUGUUUGAGAAGAGCAGGUAUGAGGUCUCUACUCGGGAGAACAACCUACCUUCUCUUCACCUCAUUACCAUCAAGGCUCAUGAUGCAGACUUGGGCAUUAAUGGAAAAAUCUCAUACCGUAUCCAGGAAUCCCCAGUUUCUCACUUGGUAGCUAUUGAUUCAGACACAGGAGAGGUCACUGCUCGGAGGUCACUGGACUAUGAACACAUGGCUGGUUUUGAGUUUCGCGUGAUCGCAGAGGACUGGGGGCAGCCUCAACUUGCAUCCAGCGUCUCUGUGUGGGUCAGCCUCUUGGAUGUCAACGAUAAUGCCCCAGAGGUGAUUCAUCCUGUCCUCGUUGAUGGAAAAGCCAGCCUCUCAGUGCUCGUAAAUGCCUCCACAGGCCACCUUCUGGUACCCGUUGAAACUCCUAAUGGCUUGGGUCCAGUGGGUGCUGAUACAACGCCACUGACAACCCACAGUUCCCGGCUGUUCUUUUUGACAACAAUUGUAGCAAGAGAUGCAGACUCAGGUGCAAAUGGAGAGCUCCUCUACAGUAUUAGGAGUGGAAAUGAAGCCCGUCUCUUUGUUCUCAACCCCCACCUGGGGCAGUUGUUCAUCAACAUCACCAAUGCCAGCAGUCUCAUUGGGAGUGAGUGGGAGCUGGAGGUAGUGGUAGAAGACCGUGGCAGCCCCUCCUUGCAGACCCGAGCCCUGUUGAGCGUCUUGUUUGUCACCAGUGUGGACCACUUGAGGGACAGGGCCCAUGAGCCUGGGACCCUGAGCACAUCGGUGCUGACAGUGAUUUGCCUGGUCGUACUUCUGGCCAUCUUUGGGUUGGUCUUGGCUCUGAUCAUGUCCAUCUGCCGGACAGAGAAGAAGGCCAGUGGGGUGUACAACUGUCGGGAGGCUAAGUCUACCUAUCGCCACCAGCCCAAGAGGCCCCAGAAACACAUUCAGAAGGCAGACAUCCACCUUGUGCCUGUGCUCAGGGGUCAGGUGGAUGAGCCCAGCGAGGUUGGGCAGUCCCACCAGGAGGCAGGCAAGGAAGGGACGAUGGAAGCAGGCUGGGACCCCUGCCUACAGGCCCCCUUUCACCUCACUCCAACCCUGUACAGGACCCUGCGUAACCAAGGCAACCAGGGAGCAUUGGCUGAGAGCCAAGAGGUGCUGCAGGACACUGUCAACCUCCUUUUCCAUCAUCCUAGGCAGAGGAAUGCCUCCAGGGAGAACCUGAACAUUCCUGAGUCCCAGCCUGUGAUGGGCCAGCCACGCUCAAGGCCCCCGAAGGCUAUGGGCAGCCCCGCAGGGAGGCUGCCAGGAGACGCAGGCAGCGAGGAGGCUCCACUGAGUCCACCGGCCUCCUCUGCAACCCUGAGGCGGCAGCGGAAUCUCAAUGGCAAAGUGACCCCUGAGAAAGAGACAGGUCCCCGUCAGAUCCUGCGGAGCCUGGUCCGGCUAUCUGUGGCUGCCUUUGCAGAGCGGAACCCUGUGGAGGAACUCACGAUGGAUUCCCCUCCUGUUCAGCAAAUCUCCCAGCUGCUGUCCUUGCUGCAUCAGGGCCAAUUCCAGCCCAAACCAAACCACCGGGGAAAUAAGUACUUGGCCAAGCCCAGCGGCGGCAGGGGCAUAGUCCCAGACACAGAUGGCCCAGGUGCCAGGGCUGGUAGCCAGGCAGAACCAGACCAGGAGGAAGGGCCCCUGGAUUCUGAAGAUGAUCUCUCUGUGAAGCAGCUGCUAGAAGAAGAGCUGUCAAACCUGUUGGACCCCCACACAGGCUUGGCCCUGGACCGGCUGAGCGUCCCUGACCCGGCCUGGAUGGCGAGGCUCUCUUUGCCCCUCACCACGAACUACCGUGACAACGUGUUCUCACCAGACACUCCGGCCAUGGAGGAGCCGAGGACCUUUCAGACGUUCGGCAAGGCGACGGGGCCUGAGCUGAGCCUGACAGGCACGCAGCUGGCCAGCACCUUUGUCUCGGAGAUGAGCUCACUGUUGGAAAUGCUGCUCGAACAACGCUCCAGCGUGCCUGUGGAGGCUGCCUCCGAGGUGCUGCGGAGGCUCUCUGUCUGCGGGAGGACCCUCAGUCUGGACCUGGCCACCAGCGGGGCCUCAGGCGCAGAAGGACAGGGGGGCCCAGGUGGAAAGAAGGGGGCCGAGGGCAGGACUGGCAGCAGCAGCAGCAGCAGGGGGCUGUGGAUCCAAGAACCAGGGAUGUUAGGGAGCCCAGGCGCUAAGGAUCCUGGGACACGAGCUGCUUUCUAAAAUCCUUGAAUUCACUGUUGAGAGGUGGCCCAAGAACUUUAGGGUGACCUAUGCUGCCCCACAGAGGAGGCAGGGGAGCCACGACUAAUAUCUGACUGACCAAAGCAGCCCCUUGUGAAGGGCUGGCUCUGCCUGUGAACUUUUUGGAGUGAAUUUUUUGGCUGAAAUGAGUGUUUGUUGGCAAAACACAUGUACAGCACAGAGGGUCAGGCCUCCUGUGGAACAGAUGCCAAGGAGUGUCAUAAGCAGGAAAGGAUGGCCUCAUCGCAUAGUUGGGGGUGGGGUGCUGGUCCUGGGGUGCCAGGCAAAGCUCUCUGACCUACUAAUAAAGGAAAAGCACUGGCUCAUUCUCCUGUUUGCACCUGUCAAGAGGGGGCAGGGGAAGGGUAGCAGAGUGAGGGGUCCUUGUUGCCCAUUUCCUGGCAAGAUGGUAUGCUGGAUGUGGACAGGAAUAGGGCACAUUAGUACACAGUGCUAGGUACACAAUGAUGAACACGUGUGCUCUUGACCUUACUUCCCUAUUGCUACCUUAUCAAAUAAUCUGCUUCUCAGCUGGAAAAUUAGGGCUAAGAAAAGCAUGACUAUUUAUAGAGCAUUUAUGUGAGCCAGUAAAGCCCUGGGCUUUACGCUAGGAUUUAAUUUCCCAACAACCUUGGGAGGGAGGUGUUAUUAUCCCCAUUCCACAGGCAAGGACGUGAGGCUUGGAGAAGCAGAGUGUCUUGCCCAAGAUCAAGAGUGGAGGCAGAAGUAAGCUUUGGAACUAGUCUUCAACACCAAAACCUCUGCCCUCCACUUUGACACUACACUGCCAGCCAAGGAGAGGAAAGGAAAAGGCCCCGCAGCUGAGCUGAGCCAGGUGUGGACUUACCUGAGCUCCCCUCAUGAAACACUGUUGAAAAGAACAUUUCCAAAGCUGCUCAGGCCUCCACAGCUCUGCAUUUCUGAGCACAGAACAAGAGGGACUUGGAUCUAAUCUGACACGGGCCUGAGCUUCUGCAGGCUCCUGUGCUUUCCCAGAGAUUAGCCCUUCAGGUACAGACGUCAUCCUUGCAGACGCACCGUUCAUGGGUAAAUCUUCCUCUGUCACAGCAGGUUUGGGCCUGUGAAUUCAGGCCCUAGAGAACAGUGUAUGAACUGGGUCUAUGAAAUCGAUACUGACAGCAGCAAAACUUCCAGGGCAGGAGGGAGCGAAGAAAUAGCAAAUAUUUUUCCAAGUCUCAGCCUUAUAAUUUUCCUGGAAAUUUCCAAGCAGUCAGUCAGCUAGCCAUUCAGCUUCUCGGUAGCAUGGGGCCCUCCUGGCACUACAGGCAAAAAUUCCUCUCUGUGCUCCUCCUUUCGUUCUCUGUUGGAAGCCAGUACUUAUGUUCAUUGUCCACAGUAACAGGCCAAUCAUACUCCCAGCCAGGGAUAAUGAAAAUCAUAUAUAUUUGGAAUCCAAUGUGGCACCCUUAUCCAGUUAUUCCAUUUUACAGAUGAGGAAAAUGAGGCCCCCAAAAGUUAAGUGCCCCAAGAGCAGGGUCUCUGGGUGUGUGUCACCUCACUUUAGGCCCAAGUGAUCUCCUUACAAGAUCUGUGAAUUUUAAGCUAUUGGGUUCCCAAAGUAAAUGAGAGAGGCCAGGGGAAACUAAGCAGACAGGGUCUCAAGCCUGACCAGCCAGGUGACUGGCACAAAGCAACAAUGGAUAUAUACUUAACUUGUUGAAUGAAUGAGUGAAUAAAUGGAUAAAUCAGUGCUUCAGAGUUUCCUUUUAUCUGUAUUGGAGCUGCAGGUAAGACGUCAUUAGAAAGAAAGAAAGAAAACUUCCAUUAUGGGAAAUCAAAGUCUGAAAGCCACAGAACUAGAGUAAACUAUGCUGACCGCCACUCUCCACCCACAAUUACUAGUGGAUUUUUGAUGCAGAGCUCAUGUUGGGAGGGUGGAGAAAAGAAGAGAUGGGGGAAGAGCCAACCUAAGAAACCCGGAGCCAAAUUAAUUCAUUAAAAAGAAAGCUGGAACUGUGGCUGUCAAGUGGAUCACUGGAUGCCCUUGAUCACUGCUUCACUCUAGUUCAAAAAUCCCUAAUCUGUAGCUCUUGGACCUUGAGAAUACUAGGCAAAGCCUUGUGUAUAGGUGUUUUUCUAGGCAGAAGAUGCAAAGUCCUCAUCAGAUUCCCAAAGGAACAAGUAACCUAUGAAAGGUUAUACUGCACUUUGUCUAAGUCCCUCCCUAAACCUCCACAAACACAAGCAAUUUUACUCGUAAGGAGCCAGAACAUUUUAUAGCCAAGAAAAAAGCAAGACACUUCUGAUCUGCACAAAGCUGCACGGCGGGCUUGUGGCAGGGCUAGGAUCUGGAUCUGGAAUUUGUGUGUUGUUCUUUCUAACAAAUCAACGGUUCUUAACCUGGAGUCCAUGGUUGGGCUUCAAGAUCUAUAAAUCCGCUAAAGUGCAUGCAAAAUUGAAGGGCUGCAUACUUUUGUAUGGGAAGGAGUCAGUGCUUUUACCACAUUUUCAAAGGGGGUCUGGGGCCUCAAUAAGAUUAAGGACCACUGUGAUCCUCUCUGUUGGUCCUCGGCUCUGCCUUCUCCGCAGACCCUAAGGAAUUCAUGGGUAGAGCUGUUUCUGUUCUGAGGCAACUGAUCUCUGGUCAGAGUGGGGAUGUAUGUAGGUGCUCUCGUCUGCAGCAUGCAACCAACUCCUAGCAUGGGAACACCCAGCACUUUCCCAUGAACAGGCUGAGCGACACAGUGUGUAUGGCGACAGAAUUGAGCGUGCUGAGCAGAAAGGUUACAGAAACUUCUUCACAUCAACCAAGAUGUCAAAGCUGAGACUUCGGACAUGCUCAGAACAGUUUUCACCAAGAUGGGCUCAAUCCCCUGGGAUAUCGAGGGAGCAGGCAAGCCAGCAAGCACUCAGUUAAAUGUCGUCUUAAUUUGGAAAGCGCAGAGGGACUUUUUUUUUUUUUUUUUUAAUCAACAGUCAGCCGGUUCUCCAGCACGAGGAGUGUGAUGCAGUGCUCACUUGGAGCCUGGGGGCAGCUCAGAGAUUGACAGGCAGCCUCCUUGUCUGUCACCCAACUUCAGCUUGGCAGCUCACUGACCCUACCUCUCCUCUGGCUAAAACAAGAGUGAGAUGGCAACCACUACCCAUGGGACUCCGGAGAGAACUAUAUCCCAAAAGGAAGACAGGAGGGGGAGGGAGGUGUUUUAGCAUGGGCUCGGCCUGGCACAUAGUAUGCACCAAGAAAAUAGGUCAGCCUUUUCCAGCUCCUACUAAGUAUGGAGUAUGACGUAAUGGGGCAGGGGAGGACGGAGGCAUGACCAGAAACACUCAUUCAACAAACACUUUGUAUCUAUUGAGCAAUUACUAGGUGUCAGAAGUAGCACUGGAAGUAGCAGUGGGGAGUAUACAGAAUCAUGGAUUCGACAAAUAUUUAAAGCACUUACUAUGUGCUAGGUAGGCUUGGUGCAAGGAACUGGGUGUAAAGGGGGCAAUGCAUAAAAUCACUCAUUCCUUCAACAGAUAUUUACUGAACAUUUACUAAGUACCCUGCACUGUAUUAGCACUGAAGAUAUAAUGAAUCGAACAGCCUUGUCUGCACUGUGUCAAGGAUCCCUGAAAGCAACAUCUCUGGAUAAGGGAACUGAGUCAGCACAGCCUCGCACAAAAGUCUCACUGCUGAAGGGCACCAGGUCCUAAAACUUGGGUCACCCUGUACCUAACCCAGGCAGGGGCCACUCCCCUGUCCUCCCCACCUCAUAUUUCCUUUGAGGACACUGAUGACAAGUCAUUAACAAUGGAAUUGUAAUGGCGAAAGCACAGAAGUGCCUGGGUCUGUGGAGGAAGGCCCACCCCUUGGGGAUGGACAGAGACCGCAGUGACUGAACAGCCAAGGAUUUCUGGUCCCUUGACAACAUUGCUCUCAUGACUCUUCCAUCCUGCCUUUCCACAAGGAGAGCUUAAAAAUAUCCUACCUCCACGUUUAGCACCCCAAAUUGAAUCAGUACUUAACUUGUAAUGACUGAGGGGGAAGGAGAGCUAUAUCUGGCCCUCAACACGGGACACCCGCUGUCCCACGGCUGUCUGAACUGCCACUCCUUCCCCAGAAGGAAUUGGUAAGCCAAAAUGAAAAGAGGAGGGGAGGAGACUGGAGAGUAGGGUCCCACAGGAGGGCAGGAAAUGACAUUUUACAGAAGGUGCCCCAGGAAGUUUGAUCGGCAAUCUGUGUGUGUCUGGGCUCUGUGCUUGGCUCAGGCUGGCAAACAUGGGGUUAACCAAGUUCUUUACUGCAGGACUCCUUGAAACCUUAAAGAUGCUGAUGUACACUGUAAAUCUAUAAAGAAA